AUUGCUCAAUCUCACGGGGGUGAUGGUGGAGGAUGCGAUCCUCCACGUGGACCGGCAGAUAUCCCAGCUGAUUGUGAACGAGCGCCUCCAAGUAAACGUGGACGCCAUAAGGGAUUGAACACGCGGGAAAAGAGGGAACAGUUGGGGCGUCCUCUCCCUCUCGAGUGGGAUGUGCGGGGGAGAACAUAUAAAGAGAUCGGAGAGUACAGCUCAAAUUUCUCAAGAGAGCUCGGAUUACUUGUUCGACAGUACACAGAUCCGGACUGUCCUCAAUGGUCAAAAGUACCAAAUGCCUCGAAAGAAAGAAUACUUGCACAUUUGGAAGAUGAUUUGUUUGAUAUUGGGCGUACUAGAUAUGGAGAAGGGCAUAUGCCUGGGAUCUUGAGAGGCAUUGAUACUUCGUGUGCUAAAAAGUAUUCUGACUGGAAGUACGAUAUUAAAGAGCACUUAACGAUUAAUGGGCCACAAAAUCGUUAUGGUGGUUGCACGGAUACGCAGUGGCAAAAAGCAAUUGAUUUUUUCCGUCGCCCAGAAAUUACGAAACGUUCUGUGGUCAACAAGGAAAAUAGAAAGAAAUUGAAAGAGCUUAGCUAUGGAGGUUCUCAGUCAAUCCCAGCCUUACGCUAUAAAAAGCGCAAUUUAGAGACUGGGCAACUUGAGUCCAUCCCGGAUAGCUGGAUGGAUACUCACCAUAAAUCAGGCACAGGGUGGGUGACAGAGACAGCAAAAAAUACUUGGGAGGAAUUGCGUGCAUACCGCGACACACAGCAGACACAGGCAACUGAUACUGAGAGUUCCACACCAGUUUCGAGUGCGCCUGAAGAUGAAGACAUAUCUUUGGUACAAAAUGUCUUCGGAAAACGACGGGGCCACCAGAAAGGAUAUGGACGUAUCCUUAACAUAAGGGACCGAACUCCAUUUGAUUUUCGUCCUUCACAAACUAGAGAUGAAGAGUUGUCUGAGAUGAGAGAGCGUCUUCGACAGUUAGAGGAGCAUGUCCGGACUCAUUGUAUCACCCCGGGAUCUCAAUCUGCCCCACCACCACCACCCGAUGAUCCUGAUGUUGGAGCACCGACUCAGUAGGACUUAUGUAUGAAUUUUAUUACAAUUGACUAUUACAUUAUCAUGUUUAAGACAAGUCUUUAUUUUAAUUCAACGAAUACACUCUUAUGUUUUUUUUUAUAUCUUUAAUAUAAGUGUUUUAAUUUUA